AGGACGCCCAAGCCUACUUGACGAACAGGUGGGCAAGGGCUCCCCGCGGCGCCGGCGCGGGGGCGCAGGGCGACCGCUUCGAGCACUGGCAGCCGGUCGCCCACCUCGAAGCACGAGGCGCGGCCACCGCAGCAGUCCUCUCGCUGCUUCUAGGCGGCGCCGUCCUGGCGAAGGCCUCAGACGUGGCUCUGGCAGGCAACUUGCUGGGCACGGCCAACCGGGACGGUGGUGCACGAGUGGUGGCGUGCGGGGCCAUUGCACGGCGCAUGGUGACCAAGGCCGUGUGCGCCAUGCGAUGCGACAACAUCCAGCGGGCUGUCUCCGAGAUCCAGUACGGGCAGUGCUCAGACCUGGCCUUCGUGUCGCUGGACCUCAAGAGUGCGUUCACCCGCAUGCGCCGGAGGGUUGCGCUGAGCUGGGUGCGGGAGCGCUGCCCAGAGCUAGAGAGCUUAGUGACGCAGUGGUAUGGCCAUGCGACAGUACACUCAGCUGCGGGCUCUGGCAGGGUGUCCCGCCUGGUGGAACAGCAGGCUGGCCUCGACCAAGGGUGCCCACUCAGCCUUGCGCUCUUCAGCAUCUGCCUCGCUUCCGAGCUCUGCGCCCUGCGGGACCUCCUCCGCACCCUGGACCCUCGCUGCAAGGCGUGUGCUUACCUGGGCGACGCCUACCUCACUGUGCCGGCCCACCUGCACCUGGCGCUGGAAGCCGCAAGCGCUCUCCUCGCCGACCUGGGCGUCGAGCUGAACGCGAACAAGACGGUCUGA